AUGGCACACAUCGGCUGCUAUGUACCUUGUACUCAUGCAGAAAUCCCUCCCAUUGACGCCAUUUUUGCGAGAGCCGGUGCUGGGGAUACACAACUAAAAGGUAUGCUUGCAUCCAAACGAAACACACAUCUAGGGAUAUCAACCUUCAUGUCUGAAAUGCUGGAAAUGUCCUCCAUUCUACACAGUGCGUCUGCAAACUCGCUACUUAUCAUCGAUGAGCUUGGCAGAGGCACCUCCUCCACCGAUGGGUUUGCCCUUGCAUGGGCACUUUCCGAGUUUUUAAUUGAAAAUGUAAAGUGCUUCACGCUCUUUGCUACUCAUUUUCAUGACCUGGGAAAUCUGGAAAAAUGCUAUCCAAACAUCGUUUCAAAUGUGCACGUAAAGGCACUGAUAUCGGACAGGGAUGUGGAUGCAUUGGAGGUGUCGCUUCUUUAUAAAGUUGUCUCCGGGGUUGGCCAUGAAAGCCUUGGUAUUCACGUUGCACAGGUCGUUGGAUUCCCAAGCGAAUGCAUUAAGCUGUCGACCUCGCUGACCGUUGAUUCGGAGGAGGUUUCUGAAGUCGUAAAAUUCAUUGACCAUGUAAGGGAGGGUGAGGCCAACCUUUCACUGAGUGAUUGUGUCACCAUGUAUUCCAGUGUUAACGCUGCCUUUUUGCCUCAA